ACAAACACUUUCUCUCUGAUCCUUUUUUUUUAAUUUCUUUUUCUCAAUUUCAAUCUUCUCGAUUAGGGUUUGGAAUUGCCCUUGGAAUGUUGAAUUUUAAGACUUCGCUUUGAUCUGUAAACUAAUUUCAGGGUCUCAUCUGAAUUCUUUGUUGAUUUGAGAUGAGUUCUGGGUUUUUGCUAAGGAUUUGUUUUUAUGUCUUCUAAGCACCAAAAUCUGCUCAAAAAGUCUGUAAAUUUCCAAGCAAGUUGUUUACUUUUUCAUAGUGUUGAUUUGAUCUUCUGCAGAUCAAAUUAUGGAUCUUAAUUUAGAUGAAAAUGAGAAUCUAAAGGCUCGGAUCAAACAACUUGAACAUGAGCGUAAUGAACUACAGAAAGAUAUUGAACAGUUGUGCAUGCAACAAGGUGGACCUAGCAUUCUUGGUGUGGCUGCUCGGAUGCAUUUCCAGAGGACAGCUAGCUUGGAGCAGGAAAUAGAGAGCUUAAAACUGAAGUUGGCUGCUUGCACAAGGGAGAAACACAAUCUUCAAGAGGAGCUUGCAGAAGCUUACCGUGUGAAAGCUCAGUUAGCAGAUUUACAUGCUGGAGAAGUAGCAAAGAACUUGGAAGCAGAAAAGCAGGUUAGAUUUUUCCAGGGUUCUGUGGCAGCUGCUUUUUCUGAAAGGGAUAAGUCAGUAAUGGAGGCCGAAAAAGCUGAAGAGAAUGCUGAAAUGAUGUCACAGAAACUUAGUGAAAUUGAGAUGCGGUUGGAAGAACUUAGCUCAGAUUGUCUUGUACAGAAGAGACUAAAUGACACAUUGCAAGCUGACUUGGCAAAACUUGAAGAACAGACUAGAACAUAUGCAGGGGUGAUUGAGAAGUUCUAUGAUAUCCGUAAAGCUUCACUCUGUGAGUCCCUUGAAAUGAGUUUGCAUGAAAAGUGUGCAAGUUUAUUGGAUGAUCCUAUAGAAUCAUGGACUUUCAAUGAUCCUUCAACUUCAGAUUAUGUAGCUGCACUGGAAGGAGAGUUGGGAAAGGUUAAGAACACUGUGGAUAAUCUUCAGAGUAAAUUACGAGUGGGCUUAGAAAUUGAGAAUCAUUUGAAGAAGAGGGUUCGUGCAUUGGAAAAGAAGAAUAUUGUUGCAGAUGGGCUGAUCGUUAAUGGCAUUACAGAUAUUCGCCAUCAUCAUUCCCAACUGAGGGCCUACAUCAUUGCUUUACUUAAUGAAGAAGGACUAUACAUUAAAUCGAUUUCCAAAAAUGUUGAAGAAAAACUUAAACUUCACUCAUCAGAAGUACAGAAUGUAGUGCCACCGCAACACGAUUUAAAACCUGAUGAGUCUGAAUGCCGGGAUGUGCAUAUGACUACAGUUGUUGAAUCUUGCCAAGUAACGAAGCUUGCGGAAGCUAGUAUUGCCAAAAUCAUGGCUGAAAGUAGAGGGGAUGCAUCUGAAGCCUUUGCACAAGCAUUACAAGAGAAGGUUGGAGCUCUUUUACUUCUAUCACAGCAGGAGGAGAGGCAUUUACAUGAAGAAAAUGUCAAUGCAGCUCUUCAGCAGAAAGUAGAUGAGCUUCAAAGGAAUAUCUUGCAGGUGACCAAUGAAAAGGUGAGAACCCUUAUGGAGUUAGCCCAACUACGACAGGAAUAUCAGUCGCUAAGAGACAAAAUGAGUGGUACAAGAGAGGAAGAAUCAACGGGAAACAGUGGCAGGAUAGUUAUCUCCAAUGAGAAAGAUGGAAGACUAAAGAAUAUGUGGAAGAAAUCUUACAUAAACCGUUGGAUUGACCCAAGUUCAAGAGGCGGAAGUCACUUGAACACUGAAGCAGAUUAUGCCAGUAACAUCGAAUAUUCCAGAAUGAAAGUAGAAUAUGCAGCUAUAAAAGAGAACCUGGAAAGCAUGGGGCACUUGACGACUUCAAUCCGCAGGCUCCGUCUAGCGCUCUUGAAGGUAAAGGAAUUAAAUGAUACUGAAACAACUGCAAGAAGUUGCGAAGUAGCGAUUGCCAACAUCCUUGUGGAGGCAACCCAUUUGAAGACUGCCCUUGGGAUCUCCAUACCAAUUAGCUGGUCGGCGGAAUCAGACAUUGAAUCAGUUACUGAUGGCGAGUCGAGCUGUGAAAGGACCGAUUCUGUUUCUGCUGCAGGAUUUGAGAUGGUGGAGCUUGUUAUUCUAGCAGCCGAGAUAAUGAAAGAACAACACCAUUGAAAUUCAUUCUUCAGUUUGUUACCGGCAUUUUAAGUUGGUCUGUGGCUCUGUGAAUAUAAUUUAUUGAGAAUUUGAUUUCAAAAUCUCUUGUAUAACCUCUCAUGGGAUGAUUCACAAUAUGUGAUACAUAAUAUAGUGCAGUUUUCAAGCAUCAAUUACAAGUUGAACUUCUUG